AUGGCCGAUCUUCGAGCCACAAAUAAACUUUGUGACUACGAAUACCACGAUCCGGGGCAUUCAAUUUCGUUCGGUCUCACUUUCCCCUCUCUCUGUUCCUCUUCCCCAUCUCACAGUUUCUUUCAGUGUCUCCAGAAGUGGGCGUGGCCUCACCGCCUACUUUUUCUCGGCCGAAAAGGAGAGCAACCGGAGGCUCUGGAGGCUCAUUUGCUCGGAGGAUGCGCGGGUUCCUGCUGCUCGUCGUGCUCUUCUGUCUCCUGCUCGUCGCUUCUGUUCACUCGCAUCCGUUCUUUGUCGCUUUGACUAGAUUACAGGUCAGUUCAAGACACGUACUUACGCGAUAAAGUCAGAAAGAUAGAAAGUAGGUUAUGAAUUCAAAUACUUUUCGAAUCGUAAGAAGCUCAUUUUGGAUACUGAACAAAGGAACAUUCUAGAAAUGUUAUCGCGCCCACGCACUCAUUCUCUACUCCGGAACGCUUCUUCUUUCUCUCGUUAACUCUACUUUGAUAAUAAAGAAAAGUUUCGAGUCGUACGACGUUGAAACUUUUUAUCCGUUCUCUCUCCGUUUUUCAGUCAAUCCGUUGUCUGUGGCGUCACCAGGUCGCCGCCGACAAAACAAAACGAGAAACAUUGAUAAACGAGCCCUUAGAGGCCCGACGGCUCAUUUGUUAUUCAUUCGGCACUGAAAUCGGGCAAGGGCAAACAAUAUAAAGCAGAAUCGGGUGCAACUUAUGCACUACGUGCUCCAGAAAGCUACCGUACUCCCCGUCAAAAGACACGAGUGAUUUCCUAAUGACGUCGCUCUCUCCUCGCCCUUCGCGCACCGAUUCUUUUAUGUUUUGCUGUGCCUGUGCUCAUUGAGCCUCCCACCGCGUGCAUAAAUUCUCUCUUUGCAGGACGCCGAGCAGCUGAUGUCGAAGCGUGGACUGGACAAGUGCGGCUGCAACCUCGGCUGCUUCUACUCGUCGGCGCGCGACUGUAUGAGUUGCUGUGCUCUCGCUCUUUAG